CAAUGGUGGAGCAGAUGGUCAUGUAGCAGAUCUGUGCCAGUUGAGCAAGGGUGCCGGGUAGAGGAGUGCGGUGUGAGCAGAACAGAGAGGUCUCUCAAAUGAAGACAUUGAGCAAACCAAGGCCAUUGGCUGGGUGACCGAUAUCAUCCAAGAAGGCGACCAUUUCAAAAUGAUCACCUCAUUAAGCAACAGGCAACACGUCAACGAGUUUACUCUGGGGAAAGAGGCAAUGAUUCAUACCUUCACUGGAAAAAAGUUCAAGGUAACGAUCCACGCUGAUGGACCCACUAAACUGAUUGGAAAAAUGCAACACAUAAGGACUGUCACCGAGCUGAAAGGGGACAAAUUGAUUAGCGUGUCUCAAAUGAAGACAUUGAGCAAACUAAGGCCAUUGGCUGGGUGACCGAUAUCAUCCAAAAAGGCGACCAUUUCAAAAUGAUGACCAGACUUAACAACAGACAACACGUCAACGAGUUUACUCUGGGGAAAGAG